UUGGUUUAUUGCGCACACUGAUAACAUGAGAGUAGGUAACACAUGAGUUUAGUCGUACGCUAUAAAGCAAGCAUUUUGCUCUGCUUCACAAUCGUAGACCUCUGAACCUCACUCACUCAAUCAUAUUGACAGUCUAAUUGAACAACAAAACUUCGAAUUGGAAUAGCUCUGAACUUCUUGCAGUUCAAAUCUUCUUCGACUUGGAUAUCAAUUAAAUAGCGAACAUGGUUGUUAUGUCAAAGAGAGUGAAGACCUUCGAGGUUAUUUUCAGCGAUCCUAGCAAGACUUUUUACUGCAGUGGAGACAAAGUAGCCGGGAAGAUCCUGGUGGAAGUAGCUGAGGUGACGAGAGUCUCGGCUAUGAGAGUGCUCGGAGUUGGAUGCGCAAAGGUGGAAUAUGCCAAAGGAAAGCAGAAAUGCCGAGAGGAGAAUGAGUACUUGAGAUACGAAGAGGUUGUUCAACUUGAUGACCAGCCAGCUGAUCAAGAUGGAUCAGUUCUCCUUAGACCUGGCAACAAGUAUGAGUACAUGUUUGGAUUUGAGCUCCCCCAGCAAGGGCAGAUUGUGUCUUCCUACAAGGGCAAGUUUGGCUAUGUCCAAUACUAUGUCAAGGCCUUUAUGGAGAGGCCUGCUCAGCCUGCCCUGGAGUGCAAGAAACACUUUGAGGUGGAGGAGCCCCUGGAUGUGAACACACCAGAUCUGUUGUCUCCUACAGGUGGCAUGAAGGAGAAGAAGGUCACCUGCAUGUUCAUUCCUGAUGGCCAGGUGUCCCUGAACGCCAAGAUUGACCGCAAGGGGUUCUGUGAGGGUGAAGACAUCUGCAUCUGCGCCAAGUUUGAGAACACCUGCUCACGGAUUGUAGUCCCCAAGGCGGCCAUCAUCUCCAAGCACACCUACCAGGCCAAUGGCAGGACCAAAGUCUUCCGGCAGAAGCUCUCCUCAGUGCGCGGCAACCACAUCAUCUCCGGCAUGUGCGACGCCUGGCAGGGCAAGACCAUCCGGGUGCCCAAGAUCAAGCCCUCCAUGCUGGGCUGCAACAUCAUCCGUGUAGAGUAUGCCCUCAUGAUCUACAUGCACAUCCCAGGCAGCGAAAAGCUGAUCCUGGAGCUGCCGCUGGUCAUAGGCACAGCCGGCCUGGGAAGCCGCACCAACAGCAUGAGCAGCACAGAUGGCUCAGUCAGCAACGCCUCAGCCAGCUGGGUGUCCCUGCGCAUGCCUUCUGCUCCCCCCAGCUACUGUGAUGUCACGCGUGACUGCCGCCUGGACCAGCCCCUCACGCCCCUGCUGAAUGACUACGAUGGUGACGACAGCCCCAUCUUCAUGCACGCCUCUGCAUUCCAGUUCCCGAACCUACCUGCCUACUCUGAGGUUGAUGAGGAGUUCAGUGGAAACGCUCACAUGCUGCAGGUCUGCUGAACUACCUUGUCGCUUCCAGAACUCUGGUCCACUGCACAAGGGCCACUUUCGGCACUUAGCUCACUUGAGUACAAGAGCCAAACUACUUAUGGAAGAAGUGUUGGACGGACUUUGAGAAGUGAUGUUGCGGAUAUCGGAGCUGACCCUGCAUCAAGAAAGGAAGAGGAUGUGAAGUGCAAGAGACUGAAUUGUUCUUGUGCCAGUGCUGUCGGCAAUCUUUGCUGCGCCAUCUAAGCUGAUCUUGUUCUGUUUCCUCCUGAACUGUUGCUGUUCUGGUUUCAGAACGUGACACUGCAGACCUUGUGGUUUGCGAUGUCUUGUCCAUUAGUUUCCCACCGGGGCCAAGCACAUGUUGACAAGGCCCCAACUGAUUAUGAAUAAGCUCUUUGCUUGUUGGGUGUCCGUCCUUCAUAGUGUAUAGUCAAUUCAUAUAAUUCCUGUAUUUCAUGAAAAUUGGGAUUUCAUCUGAGGAACCAUAUUUUUGUUUAUUUCUAAAAUGAAAGUAAGCAAUUUUGUUUGACAGACAGAUGUUAAGAGAAUAUUUGUUGCUUUUGAUAAUUGCGGCAUGUUGAGAGAUAUAUUCUCCCAAGGGACAAUCGUGCCGAGUCCAUAUAUUUUUCUGUACCAGUGUUUUUGAAAAUGUUAAUUGUGGUAUUGCACUUUUUUAUGGAUGCAUAUUGCUCUGUAACUGCCUACAGGAGAUCUCCUGGUUUAAAAAAAAAACAAGGUUUCUGUUAUGUUUGAGUGUCCAAAACAAACCUCAAUAUAUUAUGGCAAGGGCUCAAAUUGUUUCUUAUUCCAAAUGAGGGCUGAAUCACUAAGCCAAACUGGGGUGUAUUUAGGCUUAACUCCUCGCACAUGAUAUCAGACGUUGACUAAUGAACGUAUGUGAAUAUUAUUGUCAAUAUAUUUGGUUUCUCCUAGACAGUGUUUUACUGUGGGAUGCCUAAGCAGGCCCUCAACUGAAUGACCAAGACUGAUCUGUGAGAACACAUGCAAUGCAUCUUUUAUAUUUUGUCCAGAUCAUAUAUUUUUUUUUUGUAUGAGACCCUAUGGGUUAGUAUCUAUUAAUAAAAAGUUGAAAUUAA